AGCUUCAAGUAUGGAUUCCAGAUGUGAAAACAACGUGCUCAAAGGUAUGAUUUCAAAAUUGUGAUGAGCAUCCCAAGAAAGGGAUGCUUUUUCGAGUAAGGCAAGUAUCUGUUGUAAAUCACUUUCUACCUGCGCUAAGUCCCGAAUUGCGCGGACUGCCCAGUAUGAUAUUCCAACGAUCGCACCGAGCGACCACGAUAUCCAGAUAGAGUUGUAGACCAUUGGUGUAAGAAUUCGAGAAUAUUUCUUGUUCUUCGUGCCCUCUACGUCACAAAGACAAGCGUAGCAAAGCGCCCAUGAAGCCAUAACCAUACCUACAUAAGAACUGUUUUUUAUAGUCACGAACAACAUACCACAUUAUUAGCAACUGUCUUGGACCUCGCUGUCUUCCGACGCCCGAGUAGUACAUAUAGCUGAAGCAACCCGAUAGCAUGUACAGCACACUGGACAAAAGUUCGCACACAACAAUCGUGGUACACCUAUUUGGAACUAGAUAAGGCAUAACAUUUCCAGAUUCUGGAUAUACCCUACGGACCAAGUAAAGAUACCUUUUCCGACUAUUAGACCCCUUGAAAACAGGUAUAAGCACGAUGCCUGCGCAGCCAAUUAUGAAUAUGACUCUCAUGAGGAUAAAAAAAAUCAGGAGCAACAAGGUCCACAUGGGAAAUUCUGGAAAUACUGUGGAGUAUGCAUACUUUGAUGCUGCUCUAAAAGGAUUGCGUGCCCACUCAGGGCUAUUGAGCAGGGUGGGCGGAAGAGAUGAGAGUAACGACAUUUGCUGAUCAU